GAAGAGGAGCGCGCAUGUGUAUCCCAAAUAAAAGAAACGAGCUUGGGCGAGAUUGAGGCGUUGUUUCUCUUUGGCCUGCCGGCGAGUAUCCGGACGACGCCAUGGGGAAAUUGAACGUAGUUUUACUCCGAUACCUUUCUCGGGAUCAUUUUAGGGUCCUCACUGCGGUAGAAAUGGGCAUGAAGAAUCAUGAAAUAGUCCCUCCCAGUUUGAUUGCCUCCAUUGCCAGUCUUAAACACGGGGGUUGUAAUAAAAUUCUGAAAGAAUUAACAAAACACAGACUUAUAGCUUAUGAACGAACUAAAACUGUCCAAGGUUAUCGAUUGACUAAUGGAGGGUAUGAUUACCUUGCCUUGAAAACACUGACUUCCCGAGACGUGAUCUGUUCUGUUGGAAACCAAAUGGGUGUUGGAAAAGAAUCAGAUAUUUACAUUGUUGCAAAUGAAAAAGAAGAGCAACUUGCAUUAAAACUGCAUAGGCUUGGGAGGACCUCCUUUCGGAACUUGAAAAACAAGCGUGAUUACCACAAACACAGACACAAGAUGUCAUGGCUCUACCUCUCGCGUCUGGCUGCAAUGAAAGAAUUUGCCUAUAUGAAGGCUUUGUAUGACCGACAGUUUCCUGUUCCAAAACCAUAUGACUACAACAGACAUGCAGUAGUAAUGGAACUUGUCAAUGGCUACCCACUAUGUCAAGUGCGUCAUCUUGAAGACCCUGCCUCCCUAUAUAAUGAGUUAAUGGAAUUAAUUGUAAAACUUGCCAACCAUGGCUUGAUCCAUGGUGACUUUAAUGAAUUCAAUCUCAUGUUAGAUAAUAAAGACCAGGUUACAAUGAUUGAUUUCCCACAGAUGGUAUCAACUUCUCACCCAAAUGCUGAAUGGUAUUUUGACAGAGAUGUGAAAUGUAUCCGUGAUUUCUUCAUGAAACGUUUCAGCUAUGAAAGUGAACUAUAUCCAACUUUCAAGGAUGUUAGGAAAGAGUGUUCUCUUGAUGUUGAAAUUUCAGCCAGUGGCUACACCAAAGAAAUGCAAGAAGAUGAUGAAUUACUUUACUUGGAUUGCCCUGAACAUGAGACUCUUAAAACUGAGACAUUUUCUGAUGGACAAGAUCCAGAAGGAGAGAUUGCUUCAUGUAACAGCGAAGAUCAAAUGUCUGAUGGGAACUUCAUACAUGAGGUUAAAAAAGCUUCAGAAGGUUUGCUGCAGAGCCCUGACGAAGAUAGUACAGAUGAAGAUGAAGACAGUUUAGAUUUGCAGGGAUUAAGCUGUGCCUUACAGCAGAUUGAAGGGCAGGUGAUGAUAACUGAACAGAAGGCUGAUCCUGAAAGCUCUGUCAUUGAUUUUCCUGGUGAUAAGAAGAACAUGGAAAAAUGUACCCAGUUGGAAGACGAAGUGGUUCAUGAAGAAGAUACUGCUGACAAAGAAUAUGAAGAUGAAUGCUCUGGUCUGGUUGAUUUGUCUACAUUCAACAGGGAAUUUAGACCUUUCAGGGAUGAAGAUAGCCUGUUUCAUGUCAAUCAGCACAGGACAAGAACCACUAGUAUGACUUCAGUACGGAGCACUACAAGCCAGUCAACAAUUCCUCCUGAAGUGGUAAAACAGAAAGUAAAACGCCAACUAAAUAAACAACAAAAAGCUGCUUUCAGACGACGACUGCAGAAAGGAGAAGCUAAUGUUUACACCAAACAACGGCGGGAAAACAUGUACAAUAUCAAAUCAAGUUUGGAUUCAUCCAGCUUCUGGGAAUGAGAUCCUAAGGAGAAAUUUAUCUUUUUUUCUGCCAAAUCAAACGAAUCUUUUAUUUUGAAGAAAUACUUUCAGAGAGGAAACACAAAAAUAAUCACAUCUUCACAGCCUGACACAGGUUUAUGUAAUGUGCUUCAUGACUGUCUUACACAAGUGAGGCAAAUGGCAACUGUCCUUUGUGUAAGACA